AUGACUGAUGAAUUCAAUCGAUAUUAUAUCAAAAUUCGAGCUAUUUUGGGAAUAGAUUCAAAAACAAUCUUUGACGAACUUACAGAGGCAUUGGGACCUGAUGCUCCAUCAUAUCCAACAGUCAGAAGAUGGGCGAAACGUUUUCGUGAAGGAAGAGACGAUGUCACUGAUGAUCCUCGAUCUGGUCGUCCGAUUUCGGUACUUACAGAUGAAAAUGUUGAACGCGUUCGACAAGUUAUCGAAGAUGAUCCACACUCAACUUAUGAUGAUAUUAUGGGUGAGAUUGAUCUAUCACGUGGUACAAUAGAACGAAUUAUUCAUGAUCGUCUAAAGAUGAGAAAAGUUACAUCACGUUGGGUUGCUCAUCAACUUACUGACGAACAAAAACAAAAACGACUUAGAAUUUGUCGUCAAAAUUUAGAGAAAUUUAGAAAUGGAACAUGGCAUUUAUGUGAUGUUAUUACUGGUGAUGAGACAUGGAUUUAUCACAGGCAGAUUGGUCGAAAGUCAAGCAAUGCUACUUGGGUUGGCGAAAAUGAACCACCAAGAACCAUUGUUCGUCGGAAUAGAUUUGAACCUAGAACACUAUUUUGCUUCUUCUUCAAAUCCACUGGUUCUCUUCUCAUACACAAAGUAGAUAAGGGCAAGACAAUCGAUCAUGACUACUAUAUUGAUAAUUGUCUUAUACCUGUUAUCAAUGAAAUAAGAAAAAAGGAAAAGUCGUCACGUACUACAUAUAAAAUGCUUCAUGAUAAUGGUCCUCCUCAUACUCAUCCAGAUGUUAUUGAUUAUUUAAUGGAGGAAGGAAUCGAAAUCAUUCCACAUCCACCAUAUUCACCAGAUCUCGCACCGUGUGACUUUUG